UGUCUAUUCAAAUGUCUUUCCUUCCUUCAUUAUUAUCCAUUUAUCCAGGAAGCACCCGUCAAAAAUCCAUCUCCGCCCCUUUUCCCAUUUUUUCCGCACGCAAGGAACCCUAGAUUCUCUAGUUGCAAGGGCGGUCCUGUCUUCUCUCUCUUGAAUCUCAGAAGAUGACAUUCGUGAGAUGAUGGCAAUGUAUCGGAUGUCUGAUCGAAAAAAGUUAUAAAAGGCCUGCCUUUUUAACAUUCUCCUUCCUCCUUGGUCAUUUCUAUCGGCUCAAAUGGACGACGAAGAUGGAUUAGGCAUCCGGAAUUGGGGCUACUAUGAACCUUCUUUAAAGGGAAAUCUUGGUCUUCGGCUCAUGCCUUCGGUGGUGGAGCGCGAUGUGAAGCCCCUUAUGGGAAAUAGUGGGUUUAUUCGUCGGCACUGCGCCACUCCUGAGCCAUCACUCCAAAUGGAUUUUGUGAGAGAUGGAUGGAAUUAUCAUAAUUUUGACAACGGUAAGAAUGACAUUCUGAGAGAUGGAUGGAAUCAUCAUAGCUGCGACAUUAGCAAGAACGAACUUUUGAGAGACGGAUGGAAUCCUCAUGGCAGUGAAGUUAGCAAGAACGAUGUUGUCAGAGAUGGAUGGUUUCACCAAGGUAAUGAUAAUGGCAAAAACUUUCACAUUUUGCCAAUGAGUCACCUGCACCACCCUACUUUUGGCUUCGCUCCUGAACCUCCCACCAUGCACAAUCUUCAAAUGCUUCAGCAUCAAGAUCCUCAGCCAAAGGAUGAUAGGGUUUCAGCAGUUAAGGGGAUCAUUUGUAGUAGAAAUGAGUCUCCUACAAAGAAAAGGUCAAGGGGUCGCCAACCUAAAUCUCCAAAAUCAAAGAAGCCUAAAAAAGUCACAGUGCCAAACAAUGAGGUUCCAAAUGGCUCACUUUCACAUGGGAAGGCUGCAAAGAAGAACACAGGAAUGGUCAUUAAUGGAAUUGAUUUUGAUAUUUCAAGGAUUCCAACCCCAGUUUGCUCUUGCACUGGAAAGCCACAACAGUGCUACCGGUGGGGUGUUGGAGGGUGGCAAUCAGCUUGCUGCACCACUAGCAUUUCAAUGCACCCCCUCCCCAUGAAUACCAAGAGGCGUGGAGCACGAAUAGCUGGUCGAAAAAUGAGUCAGGGUGCAUUUAAGAAGGUCCUGGAGAAGCUUGCUGGAGAAGGAUACAACCUUUCUAAUCCCAUCGACUUAAGGACAUUUUGGGCCAAACAUGGUACCAAUAAGUUUGUCACUAUCAGGUAACGGUUAAAAGGUUGGGUGGCUUCAUCAGUCCUUUGCAUUGGAUCUUUCCUUGGUGGAUGUUUGUCUGUUCAAUGCAAAGGUACUUUGGAAUAGCUAGAGCGUUGUUUCUGUUUUAGCAACCUGAAAUGUUUAUUGGGGUUCCAACACUCAGGUUAUGGGUACCUUAGUUUCUUUCCUUCUCAACAAAACUUGUAGUUUCAAUCAAAAGAAUGUUGUCUUAAUUAAAUGACUUUUUCAUCUAAUGCAUAACAGUUCUCUUUCUUCUUCCUCUU